AUGUCACGGAGGCCGGCCUCAGCGGUCAUUGAUCUAACGUCGGGAUCAAGACAUGCGCUACAGAACCACCAUGGAUACCACUUCAAUACACACCAAGAGCCUACACAAACACAAACGCAUACUAGCCCAGAGAACCCUUCUCGAGGCGUCAAACGGAGGCGAUUAAGUGAUGACACAAUAGGCCUGUACAGCCCGUCUCCGGCUAGGCAUACAUCUUCUUCGUCCGCGCUUGGUGUUGAAGGGGUUGAGUCUGUGGAUCUCACGGAGAUUAAUGAUGACUCUGCUCUGUCUCAGGUUCUGGCCAAGCAGCGUGAAGAUGCGGUCAAGGCGCAGGCUGCUGCAGAUCCGCAGGAAGGACGUACCUCGCUGACGGCCACGAAAUGUGCUAUUUGUAUGGACACGCCGACAGACGCCACCACGACGAUAUGCGGACACAUGUUUUGCCACAAAUGCAUCAUCGACUCCCUGCGCUACGAUGAAGAGCGAUCAGAAGCGACGACGGGCAAAUCGAAUCGAGGCAAAUGCCCUGCAUGUCGAAAACUCAUUUCGCGGCGAGAUGCGCCGGGGCCGAGACGUGAUCUUGUGCCUUUACAGUUCAAGCUGAAGCGACGGUCAUAA